CACUGCUCGCUCCGUACAUUACCGUCCAGCCCGCUGUUUGAACACUGCUCCUCCGCUGUCAGAGUAGGACUCAGAUCUGUCUGCACAAUGGACGGAGGACACCGCUGAGGGGCUGCAUUGAUGCUUUCAGGAGUUUAUCGGGAAUACCUUCUGUAAACUUGGCUUGGCUUGGUCCUCUGGCUUUAGUUUUACCAACUAGAGUUUUUGAAACAGUGUGAACUUCACCGAGGUUCGCACAAAUACUUGAUCUCGGGGGAAUACGACAGAGAAGACUGCGACUGUUGGACUGCAGGCAGAGGAUGGGGAGCCGGGGGCACUACCGGUACCACUGGCAGAGCCACAAUGUCAAACACAGUGGAGUGGAUGACAUGGUGCUGCUCAGCAAGAUCAAUGAGGACGCCAUCGUGGACAACCUCAAGAAGAGAUACAUGGAUGACUACAUCUUUACAUACAUUGGUCCUGUGCUCAUCUCCAUCAACCCUUUCAAGCAGAUGCCAUACUUUGGAGAAAAAGAAGUUGAGAUGUAUCAGGGCGCCGCGCAGUAUGAGAACCCUCCUCACAUCUACGCUCUGGCAGAUAACAUGUACAGAAACAUGAUGAUUGACAGUGAGAACCAAUGUGUCAUCAUCAGUGGAGAGAGCGGAGCAGGGAAGACUGUGGCAGCCAAAUACAUCAUGGGCUACAUCUCCAGAGUGUCAGGGGGCGGACCCAAAGUACAGCAUGUCAAAGACAUCAUCCUGCAGUCCAACCCGCUGCUUGAGGCCUUCGGCAACGCCAAGACCGUGAGGAACAACAACUCCAGCAGAUUUGGGAAAUACUUUGAGAUCCAGUUCAGCUCUGGUGGCGAACCAGACGGAGGGAAAAUCUCCAACUUUCUCCUGGAGAAGUCACGUGUCGUCAUGAGGAAUCCCGGAGAGAGGAGUUUCCAUAUAUUCUAUCAGUUGAUAGAAGGAGCCAGUGGAGAGCAGAAGAGCAGCCUGGGAAUCACAAGCCUGGAUUACUACACUUACCUCAAUCAGUCUGGUUCCUACAAAGUGGACGACAUCAAUGACAAGAGCGACUUCCAGGAGACAAUGCAUGCCAUGGAUGUGAUUGGCAUCUCAGCGAAGGACCGCGCCAUGGUGCUUCAGAUUGUGGCUGGAGUCCUGCACCUGGGAAAUAUCACUUUCAAGGAGGUGGGCAACUACGCUGCUGUGGAGAGUGAAGAGUUUCUAGCCUUUCCCGCGUUUCUGCUUGGAAUCGACCAGAACCGUCUGAAGGAGAAAGUGACGAGCCGGAAGAUGGACAGCAAGUGGGGAAAUGCGGUGGAGUCUAUCGACGUGACACUGAACGUGGAGCAGGCGUGUUACACACGUGACGCCCUUUCCAAAGCCCUGCAUGCACGUGUGUUUGACUUCCUGGUUGAGUCCAUCAACAAAGCCAUGGUGAAAGAUCAUCAGGAGUUUAAUAUCGGAGUGUUGGACAUUUAUGGAUUUGAAAUUUUCCAAAAAAAUGGAUUCGAACAGUUCUGCAUCAACUUUGUGAACGAGAAACUGCAGCAGAUAUUCAUUGAGCUGACUCUGAAGGCAGAGCAGGAGGAGUAUGUGCAGGAGGGCAUCAAGUGGACUCAGGUUGAAUACUUCAACAACAAGAUCGUCUGUGAUCUCAUCGAGAGCAAAAAUCCCCCUGGCAUCAUGAGCAUGCUGGAUGAUGUAUGUGCCACCAUGCACGCAGUGGGCGAGGGAGCCGACCAGACCAUGCUGCAGAAGCUCCGAGUCCUGAUCAAUACCCAUGAGCACUUCAACAGCUGGAACCAGGGCUUCAUCAUCCACCACUACGCUGGCAAGGUGUCCUACGACGUAGAGGGUUUCUGUGAGAGGAACCGAGACGUCCUUUUUAAUGACCUCAUAGAGUUGAUGCAGAGCAGUGAAAUCGCCUUCAUCAGAGCACUGUUUCCAGAAAACCUCAACGCUGAAAAGAAGGGGCGACCCACAACUGCCGGCAGCAAAAUAAAGAGACAAGCCAAUGAUUUGGUGAGCACACUGAUGAAAUGUACUCCACACUACAUCCGUUGCAUCAAACCUAAUGAAACCAAGAAGCCCAGAGACUGGGAAGAGAGCCGAGUAAAGCACCAAGUGGAGUACCUGGGUCUGAAGGAAAACAUCAGGGUGAGGCGUGCUGGCUAUGCCUACCGCAGAGUCUUCAGGAAGUUCCUUAACAGGUACGCGAUCCUGACCAAAGAGUCUUGGCCAACGUGGCGAGGAGACGAGAAACAAGGCGUCGUUCAUCUCUUACGGUCUGUCAACAUGGACCAGGAUCAGUUCCAGCUUGGUCACACCAAGAUCUUCAUUAAAGCCCCUGAGUCGCCGUGUAUGCCAAGAGUACCCAUCCCCCAGGCUGCCAGACUGAGAGUCCAAGUCAUUGAGCUGUUUCUGCUGGAAGAGACGAGGGAGCGCAAGUUUGAUGGCUAUGCCAGGACCAUCCAGAAAGCCUGGAGAAAAUACUUGGCCCGUAAAAAGUAUGUCCAGAUGAGGGAAGAAGCUUCUGACCUGCUGUUGAACAAGAAGGAGAGGCGGCGACAUAGCCUCAACAGAAACUUUGUAGGUGACUACCUGGGUAUGGAUGACAGGCCUGAGCUCAGGCAGUUCCUGGGCAAGAGAGAAAAGAUCGACUUCUCAGACAAAGUCACAAAAUAUGACCGCCGCUUCAAGGGGAUUAAGAGGGACUUGAUCCUGACCCCAAAGUCUGUGUACCUGAUUGGAAGAGAAAAGGUGAAACAGGGACCAGACAAAGGGCAGGUGACAGAGGUGCUGAAGAGGCGGGUGGAUGUGGAGAAGAUCUUAGCCGUGUCUCUCAGUACAAUGCAGGAUGACUUCCUGAUCCUGCAUGAGCAGGAGUACGACAGCCUGCUGGAGUGUGUCUUUAAGACAGAGUUCAUCAGCUUACUGGCCCGCAGGUUUGAGGAGAAAACCCAGAGGAAGCUACCACUCAAGUUUAGUAACACACUGGAGCUAAAGUUGAAGAAGGAGAACUGGGGCUUCUUGAGUGGGGGCGGCUCCCGGCAGGUCCUGUUUGUCCAGGGUCAGGGAGACAUGCCUGUACUGAAGCCUUCAAGCAAAUCUCUGCAGGUCAGCGUUGGCCCCGGGCUUCCGAAGAAUACACGCCCCACCAGGAAGAGCUUCACUCAGGGUCGCAGUGCGUUGAGAACUCACCAGAACAUCCCCUCACGGGCUGCACCGGGUCCUCCAGUUGCUCACCAGAAUGGUGGCCUUAAAAACCACAUAGCCAAUCAGAGGAACUCACAGCAUCACAACCAGAGGCAUCCUGCACCUGGCAACGCAACCCGCCCCUUCCUGCCCAGCAACAUCAACCAACUGACGGAGCGAGGCGGCAGCCGGCCACAGCCCAACCUGGAAUGUCUGAAAGUCCCCGAUCAAGGAGCCGCAGGUAAUGGAGACAGACGGCCAACUUCAAAUGGAGGAAUAGCCCACAGACCAUCAGCCAGCAGGCCUCAGCCAGGAGGAGGACGGCCUAAACCUGCACCUAAGCCCAAACCCCAGGUGCCCCAGUGCAAAGCUUUGUACGCCUAUGACGCUCAGGACACAGAUGAGCUCAGCUUCAACGCUGAUGACAUUAUUGACAUCAUCAAAGAGGAUGCAUCCGGGUGGUGGACAGGACGUCUUCGUGGAAAGCAGGGACUUUUCCCCAACAACUAUGUCACCAAGAUCUAGGAGCUGCUGGUUUUACGGCACGAGGAGGAGGAGCCUGCUGCUGACCCUCUCAGAGGACAGGACGGAGCUUACAGUCAGAGACAGAUAAGCGCUGUGAGAUUCUUUGAAGAGAGAAACUCACACUUACUCCACUACUGCCUUUGUAGUCAACGAAUGUAACUCUAGGUUACACCACCAGACCAAAAAAAAUGUCAGGCUUGAAAAUGAGGCUCUGCUUAAAAGACGAGAAGACUGUUUGACCCCGGGGAUCUGUUUUCCUCCAUAGUCCCUUUUGAGUAAUGAACAAAACUAUUUAUUGUAUUUAUAGCUUCCUGUGUUCUCCUUACUGUCCUUUAUAUCUUGCUGAGGAUUUGAGCUAAAACACUUUGAAGCGUUGGAAUGAAGUAUGCUUAAUCUGUGGGACCGGGUUGGGAUUUUUAUUCUCAACACAUCAUUUUUAGAUGGUUUGUUUGCUGAAUUAAAGGCAGUCAUCUCAGUGUCAAAACUGAAGUGGCCGCCGCUUUACCAGGAAUAUUUAUUUGUAACAACUUACAGGGAGCAGCGUUUCAGUAAAUGAUCACACUGUGAUUUUUAGUGAUUUUAAAUCCCAUUUUAAUAGGCCUGAUUCCACAUGUGCAAAAAACACAUCAGAGGGCAAUGCGGUAAAGUGGUGAAUCACGUGGGAAAACCACCUUCAUCUAUAUAUGUUUUUGUUUGUUUUGUUUUUCCACUCCUGUAUAUUUCUUGACACAGAGUAGAGGCCAUGUAUACUGUAACCUGAGCAUGUUGUCUGUGGUGUAUGAGCACUUUAUUAGUACAGGUACUAACUUGGACACAGACAUCAUCACUCGUUCAUGCCACAACUAGUAAGUCAAGUCUAUGAAGGACAGGUUGCCAAGCUAGCAAUAAGCCGAGUUACUGAGGAGAAUAAUUUGUUUACAUGAAUUGAAUAAAACAGGCAUUUUAGACCAGAUUCUGUAUAUGUGUUCAUAUUUAGGAGUUUGCCAGUUGGUUAGAUUUUAAAUGAACUGUUUUGUAUUUUCUCUGAAGGAUUUUAGUAUACUAUUAUUCUCUCUGCUUUUGAUACUCACAGGGCUGCUUUAUUUCCAGUUCAGCUACAGAUAGAUAAUAAUGGUUAUCAGAGACUUGGGUGAAUGGAUUUUUUGUUUUGUCAAGUGAAAAGGUUGUUUUAGGUGAAAGAAAUUUGAUAUUUUUCUGUGGCACUACAAAGAAUUAUUUUUGCUUCCGCUCCACUGUUUCUGCACAUCUUUUGCACUGCUGUUGCAUUACUUACACAUUCCUUAGUUUUUAUUUUUUUUUUAUCAAAUAACAUUAUCCUCUAUUCAGUGUCAACUGCUGGGACUUCUGUCAUAGAUCUUCUGCAUCAUAUAGUUUGGAUAUCUUGGAUUGUUGAAAACAUCCUUGUGCAAUACAAAACAGUAGACGAGUCUUAAAAGCAUGUAAAAUUGUAUUUGUAACGGUUUUGUUUUAUGAUCAGAGAAUCCAUUAAAUGAACAAUGAUCAAUCUGAUGUUUAUGUUUAUUACCAUAUUCACAUGCCAGCAGUCCAAGAUUUUACAAGUAAGUAAUGAGGUCAUUAGUUGAAGCUACUACAACAGAUACAUUUUGACCAAACCCCAUUAAGCAAUCUUUCAUUUCUCACUAUUGCUAUGCUACAUUAGGUAUUAUGGUGUUGUUUUUUCCACAUUUCAUAAAUUAACAAUUAUAUGUUUUUUUGGUGAAUGUAAUUGUUUAUUUAGAAGCAGUGCCACAGAGUUUCCCUAUAUGACUGGUCUUUCUGUAAGGAAUAAAGUUCUGGUGAGGAAACACUGAA